AUGGCAGCCACACUCGCUAGACAAGCCUCUAGGUCUUCACAUAUCGUCCAGAAAUGUUCACGCCUGUUUUCUGUCGGCCACAGAGACUACGCUGACAUGGCGUUUACAUUCGCUUCACCUUAUGAUGUGUAUUACAAAGAAGCAAAAGUCAAGCAGGUUGAUGUGCCAACUUUCAGCGGAAACUUUGGCAUCCUGCCAGCUCAUGUGCCCACACUUGCAGUGCUGAAACCUGGUGUGAUCAACGUCCAUGAAGAGGAUGGAACCCUCAAGAAAUACUUUGUCAGCAGCGGCUCAGUGACCAUCAAUGAUGACUCAUCAGUACAAGUGCUGGCGGAAGAAGCACACCCAGUGGACAGGUUUGACCCUGCGGCAAUCCGUGAAAGUCUCAACAAGGCCCAGCAUGACCUGGCUGCAGCUUCGUCCGAGGUGGCCAAGGCUGAGGCACAGAUCGCUCUGGAGUGCCUGGAAGCUUUACAGAAAUCUCUGGACUAG